CCAUAGAUUUCCCCUAAAACCUGCCUCCUCCAUUUCUUCAUGUUUCUGCUACUCCACCUUUGCCUUUGAAAAUGGUUCAAAGAAAGGCUCCUAACAAGCUUGGUAUCAAACCAUAUCAUCUUAAACCAGAUACCCAUUUGGUUAACCUCAGACCAUCAUCUCCACAAACCCAUGACCUCAAGAAGAUCAUGAAGAAGUCGAGGUCGAUCAAACGGCCCGAUGAAUCGGCCAACUUACGAUCCUCGAGAAGGAAGCGAUCACMGCCGUUGGUUGAACAUGGAGGAGCAGCAGUAGCAACUUCACAGAAGCAAUCACCAAACUACAUGAAGUCCACCAGCAGUUUUGAGGCAAGAAAAGAGCGUUCGCMGUCGAUAAACAAGAAUCAGAGUCCSAAGGCUGAAAAUAAGUCGAAAAUAGAGGUUUUAGCUUCUGGGAAUAAAGGAUCAAGAACGUCGAGUUUGAAGCUAGUGAGGACGUUAACAAAGAGUCCUAGUUUCAAACCAUUGAGGUCUUCGAAGAAGUGUUCUUCUUCCGUGAUUUUAUGUGAAGAUUUAGAUGCUCAGAGAGCAACAUGUUCUUCGACUCUAAAAGACUCCAAGUUUCCGGAUAGCCUUGAACUGAGUCCAGGAGGGACCGAGUUAGAUGGGACUUCUGCGAUGAAGGUAUGCCCUUAUACUUACUGUUCACUCAACGGUCAUCACCACSCUCCCUUGCCGCCGUUGAGRUGUUUCUUGGCGGCAAGGAGACGUGCUUUGAAGACACASAAGAGUUUYAAGCUCGGGUGUUUAUCUCCACGUCACACAAAGCCUGUUGUAAAGAAAACAGAGGAAAUCAUUACCGGGCCGGUAGAGGAAGCUCCAGAAGAAGUGGGUAUGAAGGGCACACCUGUAAAUCCUUUAAUGGAAGAAGAAGGUAAAGAUUUCUUUAUUGAAAUCUACAGCAAAGGCAGCCAGGAUUUUGAAAGUUCAGAUAUAGAUUGGGAGGAUGGGUACGGUUCUGCUUCUUGUCUUAAUGAUGAUGAUGUUUGUGAARAGAAAAUUCAGAAGACAGGUGUCGAGCUUCAAGACUCGUAUGACGAACAAAGUGUGAGCUCGGGAGGUUGGUCAGAGGAGAAUGGUGAUUCUGAAUCGGACAGUUCGUAUCAGCAAACAAAGAUCAACAACCAAAUCGAAGAUCAAGAUUUUAUGAACUAUGAUGCAUUUGGGUUGUCAUCAACAACUGAUAAAGYGGAUUUURAUGAUAAAAUGGAUGAGGAUAAGAUCACAAGAAUCAUUGAAGCAAAAAAAGAUGAACUUCAAGGCUUUACGACCAGAGAUCAUGAUGUCAAAURCAGCAUCAAUUAUAACCAAGAAAAAGCUUCUCAAGAGUCAGAAACUGCCCCAGAUUUUGCAGAGAACUCUCGGGGCGGAACUGAAAAGCGUCACACCAAGAUAAUCUACAACAUCAUACAAUUUAACAUCUCUAUUUAUAUCAAUGGAGAAAAAACAGAGCAUUCAGAGACAGAUAAAGGUGCCACUGUACAAGUACCUGCAACUGCUGUUGCUGCUGAUAAGAUGAAAACAGAGGAAGUCCAUGAAGCUAUGGUUGGAACUCAAGCUUCUCACCUGACAGAAGAACAGGGCAUAAGUWGUCAAAAUGAUGAUGCCAACAACCUUACUAGUUUUCAAGAAGCUAGAGAGGUGAAUCAAAUGAUCACCAAUGAAGAACUUCCCUUUGAUGCUCAAGAAAUCGUUGAGCAYGAGCAAUUGAAAGCCAGUUACUUCACCAAAAAGUGGGAUGAUCCUGAAAACAAUAAACAUUCAGAGAGUUUGGGACUUGGGGUCACGGAAGAACGCGAGGAUGUUGUCGAAGAAAUGGAUGAAGAACAUGAAAGCAGACCGGAAGAAAAGCGAACACAUUYCACAGGAGAAAUAACAUCCAUGGAUUUAGAGGGUCAACACGAGGCGAGAAACCUGAUCAAGAGAUUGGAGGAUUGUAGGGAAUUCAACCCCAGAGGACCAAAUUUCCUGCCAGAAGUGGCGGAUCCAGAUGCAGAAACAGUGGACUUGAGGCAUCAGAUGGUAGAUGAAAGAAAAAAUGCAGAGGAAUGGAUGGUUGACUUCGCUCUACAACAAGCAGUCACCACACUUGCACCGGCACGGAAAAGAAAAGUUGCAUUACUUGUUGAAGCUUUCGRGAAGGUGAUGCCAAUACCUARGUAUGAUASCCACAACAACAGACAUACUUCAAAGGCUUUCACAAAUGCACGACCCAUGCAAGCUUGCAGCUGAUGUUGUUGUCACCAAGGUAGAGAAGCUGCAUUGACAAUCAUCUGUUAAUGUUAUGCAAAACAGUGUUAAAAAUUAGAUGAUGAUAGAGCUGUUAUGGAGUAUGGAUGCCCGAGAUCAAAAGAACAUCUGGCAAGAUCUAUUAUGAUGCACCAACUGAGAGGAUCGAGUUUGUUCUAUAAAAUUGAAGUUGGUAAGCCUAGUUUCCUCUCGAGAAGGCCUCUAUCUAUCUAUAUGUGUUGUUGAAGUGGCACUCUUGCCUCUGAAUAUCAAUCAAGUGUGUAAUGUUAUUCGUGUGCUAAUCCUUGUUGUUCAUU